CUUUACCUCAGCUGCUUGUAUCGUCUAUUAUUAGCUAGAUAGAGGUUGGCGGUUUGCACAGGCAGCAAUCUAUACAGGCUGGGAUGUGAGAUUGUUGGGGAAAACUGGGAUAUAAAAUGCGGGACUUCACCCUGUUCAAGCUGCUUCGAAGCAUUGUCUAUCUCAACAUUUCGUCUAUCCAAAUACCCAUUUCCAAUCCAGAAACCUUCAUUCACCUCUCAACAUGUCUAAUAACACCUUUUUUGUGACCACUGUUACUGGCGUGCAGGGUGGUGCAGUCGCUCGCCACCUGCUUAAGCAAAAUGCCACCGUCCACGCAAUAACGCGGACAGUUGACUCUCCUGCUGCUCAAGAACUGCAAUCACUCGGCGUCAAACUCUUCUCUGGGAACCUCGAUAACAAAGAAGCCCUCAAAGCUGGUAUGCAGGGCUGUACUGGUCUCUUCCUGAACCUUCCACACGACCCAACCGUCGCCGUUACUUAUGCUCAAACCAUAUUGGCAGUUGCCAAAGAUGCUGGUAUCAAACACGUCGUCUACUCGACCGCAUUGGGAGUAAACGCCCCAGAAAAGUUUGCUGCCUGGGACCCUAACGGCAUGAUCGCUAUGGUUAUGCUUCCUAAGCAGACAAUCGAAAAGCUACUCACCGAUUACGGCUUUGAAUCCUGGACAAUUGUGCGCCCCGGUAAUUUCAUGGCGAAUUUCACCAAACCAAAAAUCUUGUUGACCUAUCCUGGUUUGGAGACAACAGGGGUUUUUCGUACGUCGUUUGAGAAAACGAAUGUUAUCCCAAUGGUGGAUCAUGAUGACAUUGGCAAGUUCGGUGCUGCAGCGCUGCUCGAUCCCACGCGCUUCAACAAACAGGCCAUCGAGAUCGCAUCAGAGCUUAUGACCGUUGACCAAAUCAUGGCCGAUUUGAGCAAGGCUACAGGCAAAAAAAUCUCGGCACACUAUUUAUCAGACAAGGAACUCGAAAGUGAAGCUGCCCAGGGCAGCCCAGCUUCGUGGCAUGUAUUUUUGCGGGAUUUGGCCCAGUUUGUGGAUGAGAAUAAGCUUAAGAGUUGGGGGAUACCAUUGAACUCGUUUUCUGAUUUUCUGGCAAGGGAGAAGGAGGCCGUGAUUGAGACAUACUCACAAGCUCCUUAGAUAACCGCCAAAAUUCUUAUAGUGUAUGAAAAUGGAGAAAUGAAUGCAUGCAGUUUAGCUUCUUGUCAGCAUCUACCCCAUUAGUUAACCUUAAGAGCAUGAAUGGG